AUGAUGGACACGUAUGAAAAACAAUAUAAAAUCCCCGAGGAUAUUUGUGCGUCGGCCUCCAGACCGGAUAUAUUUUUGUUUUCGCGAAUUUUAAAGCGCGUAGUGAUGAUAGAGCUUACGGUCCCUUGGGAAACCAACAUCCCCAAAGACCAUACCAUCAAGGUCAACAAAUAUUACGAGCUCACAAACGAACUCACUCGAAAUAGGUUCGUAGUAGAUUUGUACGCGGUAGAGGUGGGAGCGAGAGGUAUAACAGCGAAAUCUCUCUAUAACCUACUAAAGGACUUGGGCCUGUCCAGAACUCGCAUUAAUGCAUUCUUGGAACGUACAUCGAAGGCAGCCCUAGUAGGUUCUUUUCAAAUUUGGUUAGGUAGGGAGAGGAGCUUGGACAGUGGAGGUGAGCGUAUAACGCGCGUUAGUUAA